AUGAAUUCUCUAAGUCCAUUUCCAGUUUAUUUUGAUUAUUCUUAAACUCCUCAUAUAAGUGAAUAUAGCUACAAUUGUAUCAAGUAAGUAAAUAACAUUUGGCAAUGCAUUUUCUAAAAUAUAUAUAGUAAACCAUUCAUCACUGGCAUCGUAUGUAUUAAAGGUAUUAUUAUUAGAAUUGGUGA